AUGUUCUCACGCUCCGUCCUACGGAGCCUAGCCUCCGACUUGAGAUGCACCGCAACAUAUUCCUCCGCAGCUCCCCUUCCGCAGCGAGCUUGCUUGUACCAGACCGCGUUGCUCCGGGCAUCGCAACAAGAGCCCUCGUCUCAGUCCUCGACCCCUAAUCCUGACACGCCGCUGAGCGCCACACCUCGAGCGCAAACCUCCCAACCUGAUGCUUACGAGGGCAUCAAGGUUCCUUCGUCCGACCCGACAACCACAUUCAUCAUCCCCCAAACACGUCGAGAUGUUCCAAUUGAGAAACAACCCGUUGCACCAACCUUUGACUCCCCCCUCAAGGUUACUCAGUCCCUCAUGUCCCGCCUCCCGCAUCUCGUCGGCCAAUCGCCACACUACGUUGUUGCCGAGCUGCACGCCCGUCCUUACCUCUUAACCGAGGGUGACCACAUCCGCCUGCCUUUCCUCAUGCCCAAGGUCAAGACCGGCGAUAUCCUGCGAUUUAACCGAGCCUCGGCGCUUGGUUCGCGCGACUUCACAUUGAAAGGCUCGCCGCAUGUCGACGAGCGGAUUUUCGAGUGCCGGGUGCGCGUGACCGGUGUUGAAUCCGAGCCUUUGCGCAUCAAGGAGAAGACGAAGCGGAGACAGCGACACACCAAGACGGCUAAGAGUAAGCACCGGUAUACGAUUAUGCGGGUGAUGGAUGUGCGAAUCAAGACUCCGGAGGAGUUGUUGCAGGAGGGUGCCGUGGUGGUUGAGGAUACUGAAGAAGCCACAAAAAUCGAGGCCAAGUCAUGA